AUGGGGAUCGCUGGAAGCUGGUCGGACUGGCAAAGCUGGGGAGUAUGCAGCUGUAACAACAACCGCUUCAGAAAGAGAGCAUGUGACCAUCCUGCACCUCAAAACAAUGGCACCGAUUGCGUGGGAGAGAAACUCCAAAAUGAAACCUGUGUUCGAGGAAAUAAUGACAAUUGUCCGGUGAACGGAAAUUGGUCUGCGUGGGUAGUCUCGUCUGAAUGCUCUGCCACGUGCGGAGAUGCUUACAGAACACUAUCCCGUACGUGUACCGAUCCCGCUCCAAAAAAUGGCGGAGAGGACUGUUCAGGGUCAUCUGAAGAAAAGCAAAAAUGUCCUUAUGUGCUUUGUCCUGUUGACGGCGGCUGGUCGAACUGGACAGAAUGGACGCAGUGUUCAGUCACGUGUGAAGGACAGGGUACUCAGUCAAGAAACAGAACAUGUGACAACCCAGCUCCCUUGUUCGGAGGGGCCAAGUGUCAGGGUGAUGGGUAUGCAACGAGGGAUUGUUCAUCAACUGACAAAUGCGCAAUUGAUGGCGGUUACUCAGAGUGGAACGAAUGGGGACACUGUACUGUGUCUUGUGAUGACGGCUCUGGUGGAGGGUAUCAGAUACGUAACCGACGAUGCGACAAUCCUAUGCCGUCAGCCGGGGGGCUUGACUGCAGUAGUCUUGGAAGCCCUACGGACACGAAGUUUUGUGGCGUUGAUCCUUGCCCGGUGAACGGACAUUGGUCAUUGUGGGGCAACUGGACGGAAUGUUCAGUGACGUGCGGAGACGGCCAGCGGUCACGUUAUCGUACCUGCUCUGAUCCCGAACCGGCCCAUGGUGGAGAUAACUGUACGAUCGGAAGCUUCGCCACUACUGAGACCUGUAGUAAUGUCGUCUGUCCAGUUGACGGUGGGUGGGGAACGUGGGAGUCCUGGUCGAUAUGUGACUGUGAAAACGAACAGAACAGGAAAAGAAAAUGUGAAAAUCCGUCACCAGUUGGCGCUGGGAAGCAGUGUGAGGGAAACUACACACAAACCGUCGACUGCAUACCUGAUGCCUCAGCCCUAUGUCCAACGCAGGGAGGCUGGACUAAUUGGUUCUCAUGGAUGUCUUGUUCGGCGACCUGCGGCCAUGGUACACAUCUCAGACUAAGGCUUUGUGAAAAUCCCAAACCUGAAAACGGAGGCCGAUAUUGUGAAGGCGAAGGUCGAGAAAGCAAUGAUUGUUUUGAGCAGUUCUGUGCAGUUGAUGGAAACUGGGCUGAAUGGGAGAGAUGGGGUGCUUGUGACAAACCCUGCAACACUGGACACCAAUCACGAAACCGGACCUGCUCAAACCCCGAGCCAGCCUACGGAGGGCAAAACUGCAGCGGAAAAGGUGUAGACACGACAACAUGCAACUCACAACAUUGCCCAGUUAAUGGCGUAUGGGGUGAAUGGGGUCAUUGGGCAGAGUGUGACGUCACUUGCGCCUUGGGCAACCAGAUGCGAAAUCGUAGUUGUGACAAUCCACUUCCGGCGUUCGGGGGUCAGGGAUGUGCUGGGGAAGAGACAGAAUUCCAAAAAUGCCAAAAGGGUCCUUGUCCAAUUGAUGGAAAAUGGAGCGGAUGGGGUGUAUGGUCUGAAUGCUCCGUGUCGUGUCUGAACGGUACCAAAUCCCGCAACCGCACCUGUGACAACCCCCCAGCCCUGUACAACGGUGCCGACUGUGUAGGAUCCUAUACGCACGUCGAUGUGUGCAGACCGCGGGAUAACUGCGAUGUCAAUGGUGGGUGGUCGGAAUGGUCGGGUUACACACCGUGUGAUUCCACCUGCGGAACUGGUACAAAAAUGGCCUUCCGCGGUUGUGAUAACCCACCAACACAACACAAUGGGAUGUACUGUCAAGGGGAGUUCUCCAAAUCAGCAUCCUGUAUUGUGAAACCAUGUCCAGUGGACGGCGCUUGGAAUUCUUGGAUGGAAUGGGGCGCAUGCUCAACCACUUGCCAAACGGGGUUUAGAAUCCGUUCACGGGUAUGCGACAAACCAGCAAAUGCGUACGGUGGGAAACCAUGUCCCGGUUCAUUCAAUGACAACAUUACAUGUUUUGAAAGGGAGUGUCCAGUUGACGGUGGUAUGUCUGAUUGGAGUGAAUGGUCAACUUGCUCCCUUUCCUGUGGAAAUGGAACCCAGAUACGAAGUCGGACCUGUACAAAUCCCACACCCAUGUAUGGCGGUGCAACCUGCACGGAAGAUAGUACCCAGGACCAGCUAUGCUUAGUUGUUAACUGCCCAAUCAAUGGUACCUGGUCGGAUUGGGCUGCAUGGGGCGCGUGUGACGUCACAUGUGGAAACGGAACAAUGACAAGAAGUCGAUCAUGUGACAAUCCUCAGCCCGACUUUGGAGGAGAGGACUGCGUCGGAAAUGAAACUGACGUAACAGAAUGCCCAGAAAAGUGUUGUCCAGUGGACGGAAACUGGGCAUUAUGGUAUCCGUGGUCGGAAUGCCAAGGCGACUGCUCUAAGGGAACUCGGUCCAGAUUUCGGAACUGCAACAAACCACUUCCAUUUUGUGGAGGCAAUCAAUGUGAUGGUGAAUUCAGACAAACUGACGAAAUUUGUCUUCCUAUUGGAUGCUCGACAACUACUUCGGCUGGACCUGACUCUACAGCAACAACAUCUGCAUCAGGUGCUUCAACAGCGAUCUCAUCUGUCACUGGCGGUUUGACUGAUACGACAAUAGUGGCAGCGACAACAAAGACAUCUACGACAACCGUAGCAACAACAACAACGCCUGCAGCUACUUCGGCUGGACCUGACUCUACAGCAACAACAUCUGCAUCAGGUGCUUCAACAGCGAUCUCAUCUGUCACUGGCGGUUUGACUGAUACGACAAUAGUGGCAGCGACAACAAAGACAUCUACGACAACCGUAGCAACAACAACAACGCCUGCAGGUAUCAGUUGUACCGUGUGCAACAACGUUCCCCCACUGUGUUUCCAACUGCAUCACGUCGCUUCGUGCCCGGAACCAUACUGUAUUAACGAGGUAACCAAUACCGCGGACGGCUCCAAGACCAUCAGUCGAAGAUGCGGAACGCUACGUGAAUGUAACUCUGACUGGUGGCACACAACAAGCGACGACCCUGACUGCCAGACGUACAAUCCUAACGGCAACGUUAACAAAUACAUUCACUGUACGUUCUGUUGCACGACGGAGAACUGCAACGCUGACGUUGUACCCAAACCUGGGACGCUUUAUACGCCACCCGAUGAUGAGGUCGUUGACGUGAAAUAAAGCGAAAUCAUUCUCAUUAUUUAUAGCACAGGUCAUUGAUUUUGUUAAAUUAUUGGUGUUAGUUGUUACAUUUUAAUUUUGUUGAAUAAACACAUCAAUCCAUUUCAGCUAAAUGGUGAUGGAAUUCAUCAUAA